ACUAAUUCUUUCUUUCAUCAAUACAAUCAAACACAUUUCAACCUUCUCAUAAAACACUUCCAGAAUUCAAAUUAAUUCAUGGCUGAUAUCGAAGGGUCUCCAGGCAGCUCCAUGCAUGGAGUCACAGGCAGGGAGCCUGUUCUUGCUUUCUCCGUGGCAUCUUCCACUGUCCCCACGGAUACGACGGCGAAGUUCGACCUGCCGGUGGACUCCGAGCACAAGGCCAAGAAAUUCAAGCUCUUUUCCCUAGCCAAUCCCCACAUGCGCACUUUUCAUCUCUCCUGGAUCUCGUUUUUCACCUGUUUCGUCUCCACAUUUGCGGCGGCGCCGCUUGUCCCGAUUAUCCGGGAUAAUCUGAACCUCACCAAGAGCGACAUCGGCAACGCUGGGGUCGCCUCGGUUUCGGGGAGCAUAUUCUCCAGGCUGGUGAUGGGUGCCGUUUGCGAUCUCCUCGGCCCGCGCUAUGGCUGCGCGUUCCUCAUCAUGAUGUCGGCCCCGACGGUGUUUUGCAUGUCGUUUGUGUCGUCGGCAGGCGGGUACUUGGCUGUGCGUUUCAUGAUCGGGUUUUCUCUGGCGACCUUCGUUUCGUGCCAGUACUGGAUGAGCACUAUGUUCAACACUAAGAUUAUAGGGCUGGUGAACGGCACUGCAGCGGGGUGGGGGAAUAUGGGCGGCGGCGCCACUCAGCUGAUAAUGCCAUUGCUUUACGACAUAAUCAGGAGGACGGGAUCGACGCCAUUUACGGCCUGGAGAAUCGCCUUUUUCAUUCCGGGGUGGCUUCAUGUGAUCAUGGGGAUUCUGGUGAUGACUCUAGGCCAGGACUUGCCUGACGGAAACCUCAGUGCCCUGCAGAAGAAGGGAGAAGUUGCUAAAGACAAAUUUGGAAAGGUGUUGUUGUAUGCUGUGACAAACUAUAGAACCUGGAUCUUCGUCCUCCUCUAUGGAUACUCUAUGGGAGUUGAAUUGUCAACUGAUAAUGUGAUUGCAGAGUAUUUUUACGACAGAUUCGACCUGAAGCUCCACACAGCUGGAACCAUAGCAGCCACAUUCGGCAUGGCUAACAUCGUUGCCCGCCCCUUCGGUGGCUUUGCCUCCGACUACUCAGCCAGAAAAUUUGGAAUGAGGGGCCGACUAUGGACACUGUGGAUCCUCCAAACACUCGGCGGCACCUUCUGUCUUCUUCUCGGCAGGGCCAACUCCCUUCCUCUCGCCGUCACCUUCAUGAUCAUCUUCUCCGUCGGAGCUCAGGCCGCCUGUGGCGCAACCUUUGGCAUCAUCCCUUUCAUUUCGAGACGAUCAUUAGGAGUAAUCUCCGGCAUGACAGGCGCCGGAGGAAACUUUGGCUCCGGCUUAACUCAACUCCUGUUUUUCACAAGCUCCAAGUACUCAACUGCAACUGGGCUCUCAUACAUGGGGAUAAUGAUCAUAGCCUGCACUCUGCCUGUGACGUUAGUCCACUUCCCGCAGUGGGGCAGCAUGUUCCUUCCGCCCACAAAAGACGCCGACAAGGCAAGCGAAGAACAUUACUACUCAUCUGAGUACACUGAGGAGGAGAAGAAGAAGGGUAUGCACCACAACAGCCUCAAGUUUGCCGAGACCAGCCGAUCUGAACGCGGCAGCCGUGUGGUUUCCGCGCCUACUCCCCCGAAUUCAACGCCAAACCAUGUUUAAGUUAAGUAGAUAUAAAAAAUAGUAUGACUGAAAUUAAAUUUCCUGAGGAGGAGGAGCAAGUGGAUUUGAAUGAUGAUGUGCGGGAAUGCGUAAUAUAUAUAUAUAUAUAUAUAAAUGUGUGUGUGUUUCUUGCCCGUUUUUGUAAUGAAAACAUUAAUUGUCUUGUCAUCAUACGAACAAUAAGAUUAUACUAUAUAUAUAUAUAGAUUUAUUGGCGCAAGCUACUUAUGUUUCUUUUCUCUAUGUAUGAAUGCUGCAUUUGUUUGACAAGUCUUGUUGGAAC